AUUUCGCAUCGCUUUCUGCAGUGCGGGGAGUGAGGGUUAUAAGAAUGCUCUCGAAACAAAGGACAGUAACCAGCGCUAAUACACAUGAAAAAAACAACGCGAUAAUGUGAUUUACGUGCAACGAAUACACCCUUUAUUUGACAAUGUGUGUAUGUUUUUUUUUUCAGAAUGGAGGGAGGGGAGAGUGGAGAGAGAGAGAGCGAGUGAGAGGAGGGGGGGCGUUUUGAAAUAAUAUAGUCAGCCAUUUUUUAUGUAAGGGGAUUUUUUUUUCUUAUUGGGGGGGUUGUUAAAAAAUAAAUAUAAGGGCGGCCAUCUUUGUUUCUCUGCCUUGUGUGUAAAAUAUUCCAAAACGCCCCCCAUUUUUUUUGGCCGAUUUGAAUAUUAAAUAAAUUUCAUAAUUCCGGGAGAAGACCUUUUUUAUUUCCUAUACACUGGGCCGGCAACAGGAAAAAUGUCCUCUCCUCUUCGAGGCUGUGAGGAAGAUGAGGGCAUGGCGGUUAACUCCGAGGGUGGAGAUUUCGAUGAAGAAGAAGACGGGGAAGACGGAGCGCUGGACGAGAACACAAGCGACAUAUAUUCGCCGGCGGCGCCUAGAGAAACUGCAGCAGUAGCCGCGCCAGAGGAGGCCGAGGUGGUCAGGGAGCAGUCGGACACGGAAGCGGCCCCCAGGAAGAAGAAACGCGGCCCCAAGAAGAAGAAGGAGCCGAAGGAUGGCAAGGCACCCAAGCCCCGGAAGCGCAAGAAACUUGACAGCGAGGUGGAGGGGGACUCGAACAGGGAGUACGGGGAGCAGUCGGACAGCGGCGCCAGCGACUACGCAGGCGGCGGGAAGAAGAAGAGGAAGAAGCACAAGGAGAAGAAAGAGAAGAAGACCAAGCGCAAGAAAAAAGAGGAUGAGGAUGGCGCCCGGGAUGAAGGCACAAAGCAGGUGGAGCAGAAGUCUUCUGGUCAGCUCCUGCAAGACUGGGGGCUGGAGGACGUUGACCACGUGUUCACGGACGAGGACUACCGCACCCUCACCAAUUACAAGGCCUUCAGCCAGUUUAUGAGGCCCAUGAUCGCCAAAAAGAACCCCAAAAUCCCCAUGUCCAAGAUGAUGACCAUCCUAGGUGCCAAGUGGCGUGAAUUCAGUGCCAACAACCCCUUCAAGGGGUCUGCUGCCGCUGUGGCUGCUGCUGCCGCCGCCGCUGCUGCCGCCGUUGCCGAGCAGGUCUCCGCGCCGACGCCGUCACCCGAGCAACCGCCUCAGCCCCCUCCCCUGCGCAAGGCCAAGACCAAAGAAGGCAAAGGUCCCGGCUAUAAGAAGCGCAGUAAGAGUCCUCGCAUCCCUGAGAAGAAGAAGGCAAAGGGCAAGAAGAUGGCACCUCUGCGUAUUAAACUGGGCAUGCUGGGAACCAAGAGGAAGAAGAGCACCUCUAGUGAUGAGGCAGAGUUAGAGGAGGAGUCGGACCUGGAGAACUCCAGCGUGCACAGCUCGUCGAUGCGCUCCGACACUUCUGGCCGGGCCAAGAAGGCCAAGAGGGGCCGACCCAAAAAGAAGAAGAAAACGGUGGUGGGAGAGGAGGAGGGUGAUGGCUAUGAGACAGAUCACCAGGACUAUUGCGAGGUCUGCCAGCAGGGCGGCGAGAUCAUCCUGUGUGACACCUGCCCCCGUGCCUACCACCUGGUGUGCCUGGAGCCCGAGCUGGAGAGAGCACCUGAGGGCAAGUGGAGCUGCCCCCACUGCGAGAAGGAGGGGAUCCAAUGGGAGGCGAAGGAGGAUGAGUUUGAGGAGUUUGAGGAGGAGGUGGAGGAGUGCGAAGGGGCGGAGGAGGAGGAGGAUGACCACAUGGAGUUCUGCCGGGUCUGCAAGGACGGAGGGGAGCUGCUGUGUUGCGACACCUGCCCCUCCUCCUACCACAUCCACUGCCUGAACCCCCCCCUGCCCGAGAUACCCAACGGGGAGUGGUUGUGCCCACGCUGCACAUGCCCCCCCAUCAACGGCCGGGUCCAGAAGAUCCUGCACUGGCGCUGGGGCGAGCCUCCACCCCCGAUACCAGUACCCCCACCCCCUGACGCUGACCCCCAGGACCCCCCACCGAAACCACUGCAAGGUCGGCCCGAGAGGGAGUUCUUUGUGAAGCUGAUGGGACAGUCCUACUGGCACUGCACCUGGGUCACUGAGCUGCAGCUGGAGAUCUACCACUCAGUUAUGUUCCGGAAUUACCAGCGGAAGAACGACAUGGAUGAGCCCCCCGGGCUGGACUACGGCUCGGGAGAGGAAGAUAGCAAGAGCGAGAAGAGAAGGGCUAAGGACCCACAGUACGCUGCCAUGGAGGAGCGCUUCUUCCGCUACGGAAUCAAGCCUGAGUGGAUGGUGGUACACCGCAUCAUCAACCACAGUGUGGAUAAGAAGGGGAAUUAUCACUACCUGGUGAAGUGGAGAGACCUGACAUAUGACCAGUGCACCUGGGAGAGAGACAACCUGGAUAUCCCUGAGUUCAAUCUGCAUAAGACCAACUACUGGAACCACAGGGAACUGGUGAUAAAAGAUGACCCUGAGAGGCCAAGGAAGAUGAAGAUUGUGAAGAAGGAUGACUCCGAUGACCCCCCCAGCUCACCCAUCACUGAUCCCACGGUCAAGUACGAGGUCCAGCCGGACUUUGUGACAGUGACAGGGGGCACCCUGCACCUGUACCAGCUAGAGGGGCUGAACUGGCUGCGCUUCUCCUGGGCUCAGGGCACUGACACCAUCCUCGCGGACGAGAUGGGCCUGGGCAAGACCAUCCAGACCAUCGUCUUCCUCUAUUCGCUCUUCAAGGAGGGCCACACCAAGGGCCCCUUCCUGGUGAGCGCCCCCCUUUCCACCAUUAUCAACUGGGAGCGCGAGUUUGAGAUGUGGGCUCCCGAUUUCUACGUGGUGACUUACACGGGCGACAAGGAGAGCCGGGCCAUCAUCCGUGAGAAUGAGUUCUCCUUCGAGGACAACGCCAUCAAAGGGGGAAAGAAGGCCUUCAAGAUGAAGAGGGAGGCACCAGUCAAGUUCCACGUGCUGCUGACUUCCUAUGAGCUGAUCACCAUCGACCAGACGGCGCUGAAGUCUAUUGACUGGGCCUGUCUGGUUGUAGAUGAGGCCCACAGGCUCAAGAACAACCAGUCCAAGUUCUUCAGGAGGCUGAAUGACUACAAGAUUGACCACAAGCUUCUCCUGACCGGCACGCCACUGCAGAACAACCUGGAGGAGCUCUUCCACCUGCUCAAUUUUCUCACUCCUGAUCGCUUCAAUAAUCUGGAGGGCUUUCUGGAGGAGUUUGCUGAUAUCUCAAAGGAGGACCAGAUUAAGAAGCUCCAUGACCUCUUGGGUCCCCACAUGCUGAGAAGGCUGAAGGCCGACGUCUUCAAGAACAUGCCAGCUAAAACUGAGCUGAUUGUCCGGGUGGAGCUCAGUCCCAUGCAGAAGAAAUACUACAAGUAUAUCCUGACGCGGAAUUUUGAGGCCCUGAACUCGAAAGGAGGGGGCAACCAGGUGUCGCUACUGAACAUCAUGAUGGACCUAAAGAAGUGCUGCAAUCACCCCUACCUUUUCCCUGUGGCAUCCAUGGAGGCGCCGAAGACGCCCAGUGGGGCCUACGAGGGCAUGGCUCUGGCAAAGGCCUCAGGCAAGCUGCUGCUGCUGCAGAAGAUGCUGAGGAAGCUGAAGGAGCAGGGCCACCGAGUCCUCAUCUUCUCCCAGAUGACCAAAAUGCUGGACUUGCUGGAAGAUUUCCUGGAUUUCGAGGGGUACAAGUAUGAGCGUAUCGACGGGGGGAUCACAGGGGCACUGCGACAGGAGGCCAUUGACCGCUUCAAUGCCCCGGGAGCGUGCCAGUUCUGUUUCCUGCUCUCAACACGGGCGGGGGGCCUGGGCAUCAACCUGGCCACGGCCGACACCGUCGUCAUCUUCGACUCGGACUGGAACCCCCACAACGACAUUCAGGCGUUCAGCCGGGCUCACCGCAUCGGCCAGGCCAACAAGGUCAUGAUCUACCGCUUCGUGACGCGCGCUUCGGUGGAAGAGCGGAUCACCCAGGUGGCCAAGCGCAAGAUGAUGCUGACCCACCUGGUGGUGCGACCCGGCCUGGGCUCCAAGGCCGGUUCCAUGACCAAGCAGGAGCUGGACGACAUCCUGAAGUUCGGCACCGAGGAGCUCUUCAAGGACGACAACGAGGGGGAGAACAAGGAAGAGGACAGCAGCGUGAUUCACUACGACAGCACCGCCAUCGAGCGACUGCUGGACCGCAGCCAGGACGCCACGGACGACACGGACAUGCAGAACAUGAACGAGUACCUGAGCUCCUUCAAGGUGGCUCAGUACAUGGUGCGCGAGGAGGACAAGAUUGAGGAGAUCGAGAGGGAGAUCAUCAAGCAGGAAGAGAAUGUGGACCCUGAUUACUGGGAGAAACUGCUGCGUCAUCAUUAUGAGCAGCAGCAGGAAGACCUGGCCAGGAACCUGGGAAAGGGCAAGAGAGUCCGCAAGCAGGUUAACUAUAAUGAUGCAGCACAGGAGGACCAAGACUGGCAUGAUGAUGUUUCAGAUAACCAGUCCGAGUACUCCGUGGGCUCCGAGGAGGAAGAUGAGGACUUUGAUGAGCGGCCUGAAGGUCGCAGACAGUCACGGCGCCAGUUGAGAAACGAGAAGGACAAGCCACUGCCCCCCCUCCUGGCCAGAGUUGGGGGCAACAUCGAGGUUCUGGGGUUCAACACCCGGCAGCGCAAGGCCUUCCUGAACGCGGUGAUGCGCUGGGGGAUGCCGUCCCAGGACGCCUUCUCCUGCCAGUGGUUGGUCCGGGACCUGCGGGGCAAGAGCGAGAAGGAGUUCAAGGCCUACGUUUCUCUGUUCAUGCGGCACUUGUGUGAGCCGGUGGCCGACGGCUCGGAGACGUUUGCGGACGGGGUGCCCAGGGAGGGGCUGUGCCGCCAGCCUGUCCUCACCCGCAUCGGGGUCAUGUCCCUGGUGAAGAAGAAGGUGCAGGAAUUCGAGCACAUCAACGGGAAGUGGAGCAUGCCGGAGCUGAAGCCGGAGGUCAACGCUGACUCGAAGAAAUCAUCCCGUGCCUCCUCUCCAGCUAUCAAGACAGCCACCACCACGCCCGAGCCCAGCUGCACUAACACACCCUGCACCUCCAAGCCAGCCACCCCUGCUCCUGCCGAGAAACCGGAAAAGAAUGGGAAAGAGGGAGAGAAGGAGGAGGGAGAAGGUCAGACGGAACCAGGGAAGGAGAUGCAGUGCAGUGAACAUGUAGACUCUGUAGAGCCUCCAGCCUCUGCCCAAGAAAACUGCCAGGCCCUGCCCCCAAGUGAGAAAGUUGACGGUGAAGAAGGGCGCAGGCCAGGAGAGGGGCCAAAAGACACACUCCAGCUGCCGACGCAGCCGUCGGAGGAGAAGAAAGCUGAGGAGAGCGGGGAGCAAGAGAGCUCUGGGGACACUGCCUCACCAGCUCCUGCCACAGCGCCCUCACCCCUCAGGGAGGAGAAACAAGAUGAAGAGAAGUCCGAGGAGCCAGCGGCAGCAGAAGACGCAGAGUCCAAGGAGAAGCCAGAGACGCAGUCCUCUGAGGUCAAGAAAGAGGAAAUGAAAUCUGAAAAGGAUCCUGGGAAAGAGUUGAGGGGGCCGAAAGAGGAGGUCAAGGGCAACGGGAGGACUGAGCGCCCGCGGUUCAUGUUCAACAUCGCUGAUGGCGGAUUCACAGAGCUGCACACGCUGUGGCAGAACGAGGAGCGGGCGGCCAUCUCCUCGGGGAAGAUGAACGAGAUCUGGCACCGGCGUCACGACUACUGGCUGCUGGCGGGCAUCGUGCUGCAUGGCUACGCUCGCUGGCAAGACAUCCAGAAUGAUUCGCAGUUUGCCAUCAUCAACGAGCCCUUCAAGACAGAGGCCAACAAGGGCAACUUUCUUGAGAUGAAGAACAAGUUCCUGGCCAGGAGAUUCAAGUUGCUGGAGCAGGCUCUGGUGAUCGAGGAGCAGCUACGGCGGGCAGCCUACCUCAACAUGACGCAGGACCCCAGCCACCCAGCCAUGGCGCUGAACGCCCGCUUCGCCGAGGUGGAGUGCCUGGCAGAGUCCCACCAGCACCUGUCCAAAGAAUCGCUGGCGGGCAACAAGCCUGCCAAUGCCGUGUUGCACAAGGUGUUGAACCAGCUGGAGGAGCUGCUCAGUGACAUGAAAGCAGAUGUGACUCGGCUGCCGGCCACGCUGUCCCGGAUUCCCCCUAUAGCUGCCCGCCUGCAGAUGUCCGAGAGGAGCAUCCUGAGCCGACUGGCUAGCAAGGGAAAUGAGACGCACGUUGCUCCGCCCAUCCCCCCAGGACCCUAUGCCACUCCACCAAAUUUUGGGGCCCCCUUCACCCCUGCUCCAUCAGGAGCUGUGCCAAUGGGGGGUGCGAACUACAGCCAGAUGCCUCCUGGGUCCUUCAUUUCAGAAGCCACCGCCUGCUUGAAGACCAAGGAGUACGAUAUUCUACAGCGCCAGCGCGUGGUGGACCUCUGGAAGGAUGGCAAGUCGGAGGGGGCCAUCGGCCAGGAGCUGCGGAUGCCCAAGUCCACCGUGCACAGCAUCAUCGUCAAGUACCGGCUCAGCAACACCGUGGAGAACUUGCCCCGCAACGGGCGGCCGAAAAAACCGUGAGGCAGCACGAAACCCAAACACCUCCCACUCCCAUUCCCCCCUCCCCUCCACCUCCCCCAUCACCACCCUUUCACACGCCCCUCCAGCGCAAGCCCGGUCCGGAGCGAUCCGGGAGUGCCCAAUUCAGCACCAGACUCCCCCCCCACACACACACACGCACACCCCCCCUCCCCCUUCGCUCUCCUGGCACGGCACCCCCCUCCACACGUCACAACGCCAAGAGCGGAGAAACUGGCGCUUGCUGACCCCGACGCCGAGGAAGCCGCGAAGACCGAGGCUUUGAAACGGUUUUGCCUCUCCACGCCUCCACCUCCCACUCCCGUCUCUGCCUCUGUUCAGUCCUCCGGGGGAGGAGGCGGGCACAGAUCGCCGCUGCCCCUGGAGAAAAGUGGCGAAGACUCGCGCUCUGAAACGCUGGGAUCCAACCACUCGCCGUUGUCGGCUGCCGCACGUACCCCAGACUUGCCCACCUCCCCGUCUCCCCCCCUCAUCAUCCUUCCUGCACGGCACCUUUAAACUCGCGGGAGACUACAGAUCUGGAAACAUCUCAUGCCAGUCUGCCCUUCUGUCAGGAUGGGACUUGAUGUCUUCCGGUGGAUCAAGUGGAGACACCCUCAAAGCUGUUGUCCCGCCUCCAUGCUGGGGACUGAAAAGAAGCAACAGAUGAAGACAGAAGGAGAAAAGCUGAACCCCAGAGACGAUUUCGAAGAAUGCCCGCAUUUCCCUUUUCUGCAAAAGCUUUCAUUCUUUAGAGGAAGCUGAAAGGACAGCAAAAAGACUCCUGUCCUCUCACACACACACACACACACUCCUGUGAGAACCGGAUUCAGCUUCUGGGAGCAGGGCAAGGGAACUGCAGACUGUAGUCCUGUUUGGGGGAAGAGGCAAGUUCUAGGAAGGUGCUUUGAUCCCCCUGUUUGAGACGAGGAGAAAGCAAAGAAAACGUUGAAACGUCAAACGCUAGAACAGAUUGCCGUCUGUGGCGGGGAAACUGUGCCGAGCUGUUAAAAAGCCUCGGCAGAGAGGGCUCGGAUUAGGCAGGCGGAACAGAAGUGAGAUGUGUGCAGUCCUGCUCGCGAUGGAAAUGUGGAAUGCAAGCGUGUAGAUCUGUUCAACUGCGGUGACCCACCAAGCACAAAAUGGAGGAGAGCCAAACACCCACAGCGGUUAGUAGACUGGGCUUGGCGUGUCACACAGUGGGGAGAUUUUUCCUGCUUGCUGUUGGCGGGGCAUUUUCACUGUACUCCAGGCAGCGCUUGUUGUGGCGUGACGCGGGUCUUUGUCGACCGGUGAAAGAGAAGGACCCUCGCCCCAAAGCAGGGGUCAGGAGCUCUGAAAAAACCCAUCGCUCUUCAAAAACACUUCUUCCGUCGAAUGGGACCCAAAGCUGCUUUCCCAGCUGGCCUGGAAAGAGUGCGAGAGGUGUUGCGCGUGUGCAGUGCUGAGGCCUGACCGAGGGGGUGGGGUGGGGGGGCAGGGGCUGGGGUGUGCUUUAACGAGGGCUGCCAGCGUUUCGAACGCGUCCUGCCAGCCUGUCGGCCUGUGUUCUGAGGAACAGAGUUGCGCCGGUGUUGCAUCUCGUUGCUUCUGUGGGUUUUUUUUUUUUCCUGUCACGAGAAUAAUCAUCUCGCCUGUGUAUCGGGCGGACCCGCCUUUCACAAAAAGCUCCCACAAAAAGGAAGAGAUGCACCUGCAGGGUGCGCUCAGAAUCCGUCACCGCUGCAGACGUGUUUACGUUAAGAGCAGAGCUCCAGACCGGCAGGCCCUGCCUGUGUGAGAAAACAGGCAGAGCUCUCAAACCUGGCUGCCCGAGCCUUUGCCUCGUUUGUUUAGUCUACGUGACAGACUGUUUUAGAAGCGGGUGUUUUGAUCUGGCAGUAAAAGUGGGAAGCUGGUCACCCCUGCAGGCGUGUAGAGAAAACAGGACGUCCAGUUACAUCACAGAUUGGGAGCGGCCUUUUUCACUGUGAUUUACUUCGCUCAGCUGGACAUUCACUUGAGUAUUUGUGGUGCUUCAUGAAAGCUGUGCAUUUUUUCCCAUUAUCCCUGGGUUUGCGUUGUACUUCCAGAAGAAUCGGAUGAGACUUCCAUCCCACAGAAGUGGGGUCCAUCCACUCUGGAUGACCAUGAGUCGCUUUCCUGCUCCAUAGGGUGGCUGGUUUGUGCAAGAGAAAAUCCGUUUAGGUACCUUGUAGGUCUGAUCCUGUUUCCUUUCUGAUUUGUCUGCCACUCAACCUGACAGCAAACUGCAGUCACAGAUCCUGAGCUGAUAGAGAACACCAGCCCUCCAGUCCUAAUUACACACCCACCCCUCACUCCCCACAGGGAAGUGAGCCGCUAAUGUGCACAUGUGAUGCACAGCUCUAAGCAUAAUAGAGAGCUGACACUAUCAUACCAGUCAGCCCCACUCAGGGCUUGAACCAGGUAAUGGGGCAGAAGACUGGUAUUUGCACCAUUAGACAUUUGUGGCAACAAAACCCAGCCUUUAGCUUAGAGGCUUAUCAGGCCAGAGCUUGUCCUGGUUUCAUUAGUGUUAAGUGGACUGAGAGUGUAUGGCUCUUGUUGGACGCUAGUCCAUUGCAGGGUUACCUCCAGCAUUUCAGAUUACCGCGUAGGCAGAGCUGGAUAGACUGGAGCAAUUGAGGGAGAGAACAUUGAUUAAGAGUACAAACAGCUGUGUUCAAGUCCACUGUCAGGACUUGAACACAGCUCUUCAGUUAUCAGUUUAGUCUUAACUCUUGCUUGUUAUUGCUCACUGUAAUCCCUAACCCAUUCUGCUGCGGGUGCUGCCUUUUGGAAGGUAAACCAUUAAACCAGUGUCUGGUCUGUGCACACUGCUCACGGAGCUGUUGUGACAGAGGGGUAAAUUUUAACCUCCUACAUAAAUCCCCUCCGCCAAGUUUAAUCAGGCUUGAAAUGUCAUUCCUGCUCCACUCUUCAAAUACACGGAUAUUUACAGGUAUUCUUUUAGAAAGCACAGCUUAACACGUUUCCCGGCAAAUGUUGAGUGAAAGUAAAUGACAGAGGGGAAAACCUUGGAAAUAUUGUGAGGAAUUGGCACCCAGUAAGAGUUCCUAUCCCAGAUAUUGUCCAAUUGAUUUAUCCUUGGUUUUGAAAUGGCCACAAUUACCUCAUAAGUCUGGUUUUGAUUUCUUGCUCAAAGAACCCAGAGAGGCACUUUCUACUGGAUAAAUGCCUGAUAUAAAAUUGUAAUAGAGGUUGACUCUGAAGCACAGGUUGGAAAAUGAGUUUGUAUGUCUGAUUUAGAGGCGCACACACCUCUAAAUUCAAACUAGGGGUGUGUAAAAGCCUCAAUAAAGCACCGCCCAUAUUCCACUGUUUACUUCCUGAAGUUUGAGUUCAUGUUUCAUAAUGGGUUCCUGGAAUUGCCAUAGGCAUCAUGCUACAGUAUCUUAUGCUGAUCCUUUGAAUUGAUAAUCUUAAACUUGACAUCCUUACCUUUAACUUUUGACCAAAACUCAGAACCAUGCAAUCAGCACUGGACGUUGGCAGAAACGUAUUUAUUUCUCAUUCCUGUGAUGAUGUUUUGUAAUUCAUUAAGAGCUUGUGAACUUUCCCCCCACCCCAAACGUGGCCUUUUUUUAUUUUUGGACCAAAUGUACUGUCAAUUAAAGCAGUUCACCAAGACUGAAACUCCUGAGUCUUUCUCCUCUCAGACUGAGGUCGGUAAAGAGCCCGUGUUUGUAAUAAACCGUUUGUAUGUUCCUUUAUUUUCAUACUUGGCAGUGUUCUUCUUCUUUUUCCUUAAUUAAAUGUGGUAUGCCGAUCUCCCUCCAGGGAGCAUGAUUAGCUAAUUCAGCGUUGAGGUAAAUUUGAGGUGUGCUCCUGCAGUCUGAACAGGAAGGACAGCGAGUCGAGCUCAGAGAGGCAUUUUGUAUCGGAUUAAUGCCCAAUACAAAAUCGUAAUACAGGCUGACGCUGAAGCACAGUGCGGAAAAUGAGUUUGUCCGUCCCUUGUAUGUAAUAAACAGGGUGCACACUUUCUGUCCCUACGGACAAAACCUCAGCCUUGAGACUUAAGUGCACUGUCGCAGAAGUCUUUCUGUCGUUGACUGGGUCUGUAACGUUACACAGAGCCACAGGGCAAGCCGCUCUGCAAGCUGGCAGCAGUGUCCCCCGCCACAGUACGAACCAUCAGCUUGCAUCCACCCCCUUCCAGACCAGCACCUUGUUGGACAAAGCAAUAAAAACAAAGGGUUGCCCUUUGGCUUCUGGAAGUUUGUUACUCUUGGCCCUGAACUGAGGAGCUGCUCUUCCAGUACCAAUUGCUUGCGUGUGAGGGUGAGACUGCGUGUGUGACAUCCGUACACCCCUGUCCCCCGCCUCCCUCUGGUCAGGUCAGCCAGUUUGUAUGAAAACAAAACUUGAGGAAUUUGUAUGUUAUUUUAUAUUAACUGAAUGUACAUGUAAUAAGCUAGCAUAAUUAAAAAGGCUGUCACAA